AUGUUUCUCGGAGCUUUGCUUUUGCUUUCUUUCAGCAACACUAUAGCGUAUGCCCAAGACUCAACCUCAUUUUCACGAUGCGCCAUCAACGAUCCUACUCCUGAACAAAGGGCCAGUGUGAAGGCACUAGAAGAUAUUGAGAAGGUGACAAGGAUCGAAACAUCUAGACAUAUCUGUGUCGAUACCUACAUUCACGUUGUAACCUCAAACGCAUCGGAGGCAAUCUCUCAACGACAGGUAGCUGCCCAGUUCAAGGUUUUGAACGCAGCAUUCGCACCUCAAAAUAUCUCAUUCGAUCUGAAAAACACAACCUGCACUACUAAUUCAACAUGGGCUGGCGGCGGCGAUGAGAUCGGAAUGAAGAGGGAGCUACGUCAGGGCGACUACAGCACUCUUAAUCUUUACUUUGUCGACACAGCGAGGCUUGGUAACACAGCCGCUCUAGGUUACUGCACCUUUCCCUCAAACACCACCCCUGGGUCCGAUGUAUUUAUCCGUGAUGGCUGUGUAAUUGAGGCGCAGAGUGUUCCUGGUGGCGAUGCUGCACCAUACAACUUGGGCGGCACCGCAAUCCAUGAAGUCGGGCAUUGGUUCAGUCUUUUUCAUACCUUCCAGAAUGGAUGCGAUGCUCCAGGAGAUUCUGUCGCUGAUACCCCGGCGCAAGGAGAGCCGACAAGUGGUUGUCCUACACGAAAGGACACUUGUCCCGAUAUCCCUGGUGACGAUCCAGUCCAUAAUUAUAUGGAUUACUCGUAUGAGUGA